AUGCCUAAGCGCAGGGCAGCAGUACAAGAAGAAGCAGAGGAAUCAGAUCUGUCGCCACCUCCCGCAGGCUUGCUUGACGUUGACGCAACAGUCGUCUCGACUAAUGGUGACGUUGACAAGGAGCCGCCUACGAAGAAGCACAAGGCAAGGCAGGCAGCUGAGGUAAAGAGCAAGAAAGUCAAGGUCGAGGUUAAACAGGAGGUCAAAAUCGAAGCGGAAGGCGAGGAAGCUGAGACGGCACCUAAGAAACGGCGCAAAGGCAAGACCGAGGUCAAGGUUGAAGAAAACGCAGUAGAUGAGGACGGUAACGUGGUAUCCAAGGUGAAGACGAAGCGGAAGAGCAAGGCAGAAAAGGAACGUGAGCUGGUAGAAAUGCCUCUAGCUGCACGAACCAUCGGCCAUAAGCUCCUGAUAGGGGCGCAUGUUAGUGCUUCUGGAGGCGUCCAACAAGCAGUCCUGAACUCCGUCCACAUUGGCGCGAACGCCUUCGCACUGUUUCUGAAGUCACAGCGGAAAUGGGAGAACCCACCAUUACUAGAAGACCAGUGCAAAACGUGGCACUCGCACUGCAAUGAACACAAAUAUGACCAUACUAACCACAUUGUCCCACACGGCUCUUAUCUGGUCAAUCUAGCACAUACAGACAAAACACGAACAGACCAAGCAUAUACAGCAUUCGUCGACGACCUGAAACGCUGCGAGAGACUGGGGAUAACGUUAUACAACUUCCACCCCGGCAAUGACCAAAACAACAACAGACCGGCCGCAAUAGCCCACCUAGCCUCGAACCUCAACCACGCGCACGCCGAGACCAAGGCCGUGGUCACACUCCUCGAAACCAUGGCCCACGGCGGCAAUACCAUAGGCAGUACCUUCGAAGACCUCCGCGACAUUAUACAGCUUGUAGACGAUAAGACGCGCGUGGGAGUAUGUAUAGAUACCUGCCAUAUCUUCGCCGCAGGCUACGACCUUCGCACCCCUGAAGCUUUCAAGCAGUGUAUGGAUGAAUUCGAGAAAGUUGUGGGCUUCAAAUACCUGCGUGCUAUGCAUCUCAAUGACUCCAAGGCGCCUUUCGCUUCUUUCAAGGAUCUACAUGCGAACAUCGGGACUGGCUUUCUGGGACUGAGGGCGUUUCAUAAUGUGGCGAAUGAAGCUCGAUUUGCGGGCUUGCCGCUUGUGCUCGAGACGCCGAUUGAUGUUCGGGAUGCGGAUGGGAAGCUGGUGAAGGAUGAGAGAGGGAAGGAUAAGGAGGAUAAGGGGAUCUGGGCGCGUGAGAUCAAGUUGUUGGAGAAUCUUGUGGGCAUGAAUGUUGAGAGCGCUGAGUUCCUGAGGCUGGAGGAGGAAUUGGCAAGGCAAGGGAAGCCGGAAAGGGAGAGGUUGCUGGAGCAGAUGGGUAGGGUGAAAGAGAAGAAGGAGAAGAAGGUUGUUGCUGCCGAGAAGAGGGCGAGCAAGAAGAAGCCAGUCCAGAAGAAGGAUGCGAAGGUUGAUAAGGAGGCCAGUAGCAGGGAGAGCUCACCACUGAGUGAGCUGGAAGAAGGAACGUGA